UGCUGCGGAGGCCGCCCGGGAGCAGCCGCGCUCCGCCGCUCCCCGCAGCCGGGGCCGCGCUUCCCGGAGCCGCAGCCGGGCCCGGAUGGAGCCGCUGCUGCCGCCGAGCGCCGGCGGCUCCCGGCCGCGCCUGGCCCUCCUUCUGCUCGGCCUCUGCUGGCUCCUGCCCCCCGGGAGACUGGCCGCGCCGGGCGGGGACUUCCCGGGAUCGGCCGUGGACAGCCUGGUGGUCAGGAAAGGGGACACGGCCGUGCUGAGGUGCUACCUGGAAGAUGGAGCCUCCAAGGGGGCCUGGCUGAACCGCUCCAGCAUCAUCUUCGCGGGCGGCGACAAGUGGUCGGUGGAUCCGCGCGUGUCCAUCGCCACGGCCAACCGCAGGGAGUACAGCCUGCAGAUCCAGGACGUGGACGUGACGGACGACGGGCCCUACACCUGCUCCGUGCAGACCCAGCACACGCCCAGGACCAUGCAGGUGCACCUGACCGUGCAAGUCUCUCCCAAGAUUUUCCGGAUCUCCAGCGACAUCGUGGUGAACGAGGGCAGCAAUGUCACCCUGGUGUGCCUGGCCACGGGGAAACCAGAGCCCUCCAUCUCCUGGAGACACAUCUCCCCCUCGGCCAAGCCCUUUGAGAGUGGGCAGUACCUGGACAUCUAUGGCAUCACCAGAGACCAGGCCGGCGAGUACGAGUGCAGCGCGGAGAACGACGUCUCAGUGCCAGACGUGAAAAAAGUAAAAGUGACAGUGAACUUUGCCCCCACAAUUCAGGAACUUAAAUCCAGCGGUGUGAUGCUUGGAGGGAACGGCCUGAUCCGCUGUGAAGGUGCAGGAGUGCCUGCCCCGGGCUUUGAGUGGUACAAAGGAGAGAGGAAACUGAUCAAUGGUCAACAAGGAAUCACUAUUAAAAAUUAUAGCACAAGAUCCCUUCUUACUGUUACCAAUGUGACAGAAGAGCACUUUGGCAACUAUACUUGUGUGGCCACCAACAAGCUAGGGACGACCAAUGCCAGCCUGCCUCUCAACCCCCCCAGCACAGCCCAGUACGGGGUCACCGGGCACGCCGAGGUGCUGCUGUCCUGCUGGUCGCUGGUGCUGGCGCUGUCGUCGCUCAGCAGCGCCUUCUGCCUGAAGAACACCCUCCCGCAGCACCUGUGACACUCCUGAGACACCCAGCGAGGCUCUCCGGGAUUCUCUGGAAGCGCUGGCGCCCGACCCGCUCUGGUAGAGUUGGCUGAAAGCAGCGUGGGAUGGAAUCAGUGCUUACACGGGGAUGAUCGCCUUCUGUAGAAUUGCUCAUUGUGUAAAUACUUUAAUUCGACUCCUUUUUCCUUUUUUUUUUUUUCUUUUUUUUCUUUUUUUUUUUUUUAUUAGCUGCAUUACCGUGUGGAGCAGUACACAUUGUCCUUUUCUAAGACGUGAGAACUCUGAAAUUACUUUUAGAGGAUAUUAAUUGUGAUUUCAUGUUUGUAAUCGACAAGUUUUCAGAAGCAUUCAGUCAUGGUCUGCUGAGUCGCAGACUGUAGUUUACAAAAAAAAAAAAAAAGGAUAUUGCAGUAAAAAUGUGCUUCUUUAAGGCUGCAAUACAAACAUUCAGCUCCCUUCUCAACUAGCAUCCUAUCCAAACUUACACAAAAACAUUCGUUCUUUUUGAGUAAAAAAAAAAAAAAAAAUCAAACGAUAUUGCCUUCAAAAUAUUUCUUCAGAACUAUUACACAUAUCUAGAUUUUCUUCUAGCAUGAUAUUCAGGUUUCAAGAAUGAGCCUUGUACUCACUGCGCUGUGCAGUUCUGCUCCUGUUCUCCCCCCUCCUCCCUGCCGAUUCAGCAUGGUUGUGCCUUCAUGAAACACGACUCUCCUCUUCCUCUCCAGCCAACCUGGAAUGUCCUUUGGGAAAUGCUGAAGCAUCCUUUGGAGCACAGGGAAUCUCCCCGGGGAGGACAGAGGUGCCAGGGCUCCUCCCUCUGCAAAAUCCACAUUUCCCCUCAGAAAACAGAGCUCCAGCCGUUCUGUGGCACCUCCUGAAUGUCACAACGUGUCCCUGCAGCCAAACCCCGCCUGGCUGCAAAUGUCCCUUUUGUACCACUGGCACAGCCGGCCUGAACUGGGAUUUCUUUCCUUGCACUCCAUUUUGCACUGGUUUGGCUGAUUUAGCAAUGAUAAAGGAUGCUCUGAACCGUGAGGCACCUGCCAAUCCCUGGAGCUUCAGGCAGAAUUUAAUCUCCACUUGUCCCUGUGGCACCUGGCUGUGCCUGGGAGAGAAACCGGGACUGGCAGGAUCUGGGGAGCAGGACAGGCAGGAUUUGGGGGGAACAGGACAGGCAGGAUUUGGGGGGAACAGGACUGGCAGGAUCUGGGGAGCAGGACAGGCAGGAUUUGGGGGGAACAGGACAGGCAGGAUUUGGGGGAUUUGGACAGGCAGGAUUUGGGGGAUUUGGACAGGCAGGAUUUGGGGAGCAGGACAGGCAGGAUUUGGGGGAACAGGACAGGCAGGAUUUGGGGAGCAGGACAGGCAGGAUUUGGGGGAUUUGGACAGGCAGGAUUUGGGGAACAGGACAGGCAGGAUUUGGGGGAUUUGGACAGGCAGGAUUUGGGGGAUUUGGACAGGCAGGAUUUGGGGAGCAGGACAGGCAGGAUUUGGGGGAACAGGACAGGCAGGAUUUGGGGAGCAGGACAGGCAGGAUUUGGGGGAUUUGGACAGGCAGGAUUUGGGGGAACAGGACAGGCAGGAUUUGGGGGAUUUGGACAGGCAGGAUUUGGGGGAGAAGGACAGGCAGGAUUUGGGGGAACAGGACAGGCAGGAUUUGGGGGGAACAGGACAGGCAGGAUUUGGGGGACUUGGAGAAUUUGGGGGAACAGGACUGGCAGGAUUUGGGGGACCAGGACAGGCAGGAUUUGGGGGAACAGGACAGGCAGGAUUUGGGGGAACAGGACAGGCAGGAUUUGGGGUGAGGUGCUGCUCACAGGUCACACCUGACUGAGAUCCUCUGUAACUCCCUGGGGUGGCCCUGGCCAGCAGCCCUUGGACACCACGUGCCCUGGUGGCCCCAGGAGCUCCUGCCUUGCCCCAAAACAACCCCUGACAGCAGGAACAACAAAAUUUUUAUCACAGGAUCCCAGGCUGGGCUGGGCUGGGAGGGACCCCAAAGCCUGUCCCAUCCCAUCCCAUUGAUCCCAUUGAUUGAUCCCAUUGAGCCCAUUGAUCCCAUUGAUCCCAUCCCAUCCCAUCCCAUCCCAUCCCAUCCCAUCCCAUCCCAUCCCAUUGAUCCCAUUGAUCCCAUUGAUCCCCAUCCCAUUGAUCCCAUCCCAUCCCAUCCCAUUAUCCCAUCCCCAUUGAUCCCAUCCCAUUGAUCCCAUCCCAUUGAUCAUCCCAUUGAUCCCAUCCCAUCCCAUCCCACCCAUCCCAUCCCAUCCCAAUCCCAUCCCAUCCCAUCCCAUCCCAUCCAUCCCAUCCCACCCCUGCCAGGGACAGGGACAGGGACAGGACAGGGACAGGGACAUUCCCUGGCUUUGGGUGGGGCAGCACCACUUUCACUGUGCUCACCCCCAGAUCCAUGUUUGAGCUCCAGCAGGUGACACAAAUUCCCCAUUUUCCCCAUUUUUCCUCCUCCCAGCGGGUGAGCAGCACCAGCUGAGCACUGGGAACACUCAGCAGCUCCCAAAUCCCAUUUUUUCCAGCCAGGGGGACUCUGGGUUUGCUGGGCUCAGUCUGGAGGGUGCCAGGCCAGAAGGUGCAGUGCCUCUGCUGUCCCUGCUGAGAGAGGGCAGGGACAGAGAUGCUCACCCCAAAAAACUACAAUAAAAACCCCAAAAAACACAAAAAAACACAAUAACCAACAAAAAAACCACAAAAAAACCAACAAUAAACCACCAAAAAACCACAAAAAAAAACACAAGAAACCACAAAAAAAACAAAAAACCAUAAUAAACCACAAAAAAACACAAAAAGCCACAAAAAGCCACAAAAAACCACAAUAAACCACAAAAAAACCACAAUAAACCCCAAUAAGCCAUCCUGGGCCCCUCUGCACCUGCUCACUGCAGGCUGCAUCCUUCCUCUCAUCAUUCCCAGCCGAGCAGUUGCUGUUUCCAGAAAUGUUUUCAGGCGUUUUUUUAAAACCUGGGAUAACAUGAAGGAAUUCCUUCUGCAAGGAAAGGGUCCAGGCUCGGUCCUGACACCCUGAUCUCUCUUGUAUUGCAGCUUUAAAGUGCUCUGGUUUCAAUCCAUUCCCCAGGAACUGUGGUGCUGCAGCAAGUCUUGUGUCACUGCAGUUUGUUGGAAGGGGAAAAAAAAAUCAGGAUAUGGGUAAGCCCAGGCACCUGUGUGAAACUGGGAGGGGGUUCUGUGCUGUGGCUGGAUCAAACCCUGCAUUCCAGUGGGUCCUGAGAUUUGGAGCCUUUCCAGCAACAGGAUAGAAUGAACAGCAGCUUUGUUAAAUAUGAAAAAAAAAAAAAAAAAAAAAAAGGAAGAA